UUGAAGUCUAUCGCAUUUCCUCUAGUACCAAGAGCUCGUGCCCUUAUCUAUCGAGCUGUGACUGGUGGAAACCCAAGCACCGCAAUUGGAGUUCUGGACUUGACAGAACGCAAUGGUGUGGUGACGAUCAUCGGCAGUGUGGAUGGUCUAUCACCAGGUCCACACGGCUUUCACGUCCAUGAGUUCGGCGAUCUUGGAAACGGCUGCUUAGCAGCAGGUAACCACUUUAAUCCCCUAAGAUCAGACCAUGGUUCACCAGUAAACCCACCGUCUAGACGACAUGUCGGGGAUCUUGGAAACAUCAUGACACCAGCCAAUGAUUCGACAAUGAUUGACAUCCAGGAUUCUCUCAUUGCCUUCACCGGUACGCGUGGUAUUGUCGGACGAGCCUUCGCCAUUCAUGCCAACGUUGAUGAUCUGGGGACAGGUGGGAACGAGGGAAGCCGCACAACAGGCAACGCUGGCUCACGUCUUGCCUGUGGAAUCAUUGGCUACGUUAUGCCAGGGAAUGAUUGA